AUGGCCGUCCGUAGAUCGACUAUCGACUCGACUCAUAAGCAGACCGCGGCAGGGCGUAGCAACCCCAAGCGAGACAUAACUGCCAUUUCCCCCACCCACGGUGGCGAGUUCCUGGCGUCCCUCGUUCCUUUCCUCACCCAUCUCCGCCAGUCUCCCCUUCCGCGUUCUUAUCCCUGUUGUUUGGCCUUCACUCUCUCCGCGUGUGCUGUGCGCUGCUCCGCGUGUGUGCGCUUUGCUCUCCUCCCCCUCUCCUCCGCUCGGCGCGCAGUGGCGGCGCUGAACAAGAUGAAGGAUACCCUGGGCCCCGCGAACCUGUUCGUGGGGUGGGUGGGCGAUCCGUGCACCGGCAUGUGGCUCGGCCCUGUUACGCCUGUCUCUCCCCCUCCGUCUCCCCUCUCUCCUCUUCUCACUUCCCCUCCCCCUCCUCUCUCCGCUUCUCUCCCCCUCUCUCCCUCUCUCUCCCUCUCACUCCUUCACUCUCCCUCUCUCUCCCUCUCUUCCCCUCCCUCUCCCGCUCUCAUCAGCAACUUCGAAUCGCUCAACGUGGACGGCACGCUCGCCGAUGACGUCAGCCGCCUCACGUCGCUUCAGAUCCUGUACGUUCCUUUUCCACCCCUCACUGAUCUGACGGCAUCCUGGGCUAGCAACCUGGCGAGCAACCAGUUCACGGGGAAGCUGCCCAAGGCCAUCAGCACGCUCACCAACCUCCAGCACCUCGAUGUGAGCAACAAUAAGUUCGAGGGGAAGCUUCCUGAUGCCUUCAGCCAGCUCACCGCCCUGCGGCACCUCGACGCGAGUCAGAACUCGUUUGUGAGCGAGCUCCCCGCAUCUCUCAACGCGCUCUCCAGCGUCACGUACAUCAACCUGGCGAAGAACCAGAUUUCCGGGUCGCUGCCCGACAGCCUCACGGGCCUCAGCGAGCUCACCUACCUGUCAGUGGCGGACAACAGCAUGUCGGGCACGCUACCGGCAUCCCUGGGGUCGCUCGCCAAGCUCUCCAAGCUCGACCUCUCCAACAACGCCUUCACGGGGCCCGUCCCCUCCACCUACUCCGCCAUCCCCAACCUCAUCACCACUGGCACGAGCCUUGACGGCGCAGCAGCAGGCGCGCCAGCAUCAGCUGGCGCACCAACAGGGGUGGGGUGGGCGGAGGGCGCGGAUGGCGCGGGGCAGUGCGCGUGUGUGUAUCCGCUGCUGUUCACGCUGCGCCUGGGCAUGGAGUACAGCCAGUUCACCCCCGACAAGCAGCUCGUGAGUUCCCCUGCCCUUGCCCCUCGUGUCCGUGUUUUGAGACGUCUGAAAACUCGUCUGGGCAUGGAGUACAGCCAGUUCACCCCCGACAAGCAGCUCUCCCUGGAGCAGCAGCUGGAAUCGGGUUUCCCAGUGCAGGCAGGGCAGGUGCGCAAGCAGUCAACCCGCGCCGGCAGCGUGGUAGCAGACAUGGCAGUGGGGCCAGUGGCGCCCGCCACGAUGCUGGACCAGCCCACAGUGGACCGCUCCCUGGAGCAGCAGUUGGAAGCAGGCUUUUCCGUCCAGCCAGGGCAGGUGCGCACGCAGUCAACGCGCGCAGGCAGUGUCGUAGCAGAUCUCGCCGUGGGGCCAGUGGCGCCAGAGACGAAGCUGGACCAGCCCACGGUGGACCGCGUCACGGGGAUUCUCUACGGCACCAACGGCAGCAUUAGCUUGAGCGGCUUCGGGAGUGUCACGGUGGUGCAGCUCGUGCCGCCCAACCAGAUCGCAAGGAACGACACUGGUGCCCCCCCGCCAUCCCCACCAGCACCAGCGCCAGCACCGGCCUCGUCGUCGUCAGGGGGCUGGUCCACGGCGGCCAUAAUCGGCGUGGCCGUGGCGGGCUUCGUGGUGGCCGUGCUGCUCGUGGUGGCGCUCGUGGUGCUGUGCAUGCGCUGCCGCCCCAGCCGCAAGGACGCGUUUCAAGACGACCUUGCUGAUGAUGCCGCCCGCCCCGCCUUCCAAUCAUGGGCGAACGGGUCGUCAGCCAAGGCGAACGGCGGCGCAUCAUCACGCAAGUCCCAGGGCGUGCCGCCCGUGAGCCUGGCAGAGCUGCAGAUGGCCACGGACGACUUCGCCCCGGACCGCAGGCUCGGCACCGACCCUCUGGGCACGACCUUCGUGGGCACCAUGCCGGACGGGACGGAAGUCGCAGUGAAGAAGAUUGAGCCGUCUGUAGUGGAGGGACAGUCGGAUGAGGACUUUGUGGCGGUGGCGGCUAAUAUGGCGCGGCUGAGGCAUGGGCAUGUGGUGCAGCUGCAGGGGUAUUGUGUGGACUAUGCGGAGCGGAUUCUGGUGUUCCAGCACUGUGCCGGAGGGAGUCUGUACGACCAUCUGCAUCGGAAUGACGAUGAUAGCUCGCAGCUGCUGUCGUGGGACGACCGCGUGGAUAUUGCGCUGGAUGCUGCUGAGGCGCUCGUGUACCUGCACGAGGAGUGCAUGCCGCCCAUGGUGCACCGCAGCAUCUCAUCGCGCAACGUGCUGCUCGACUCGUCGCUGCGUGCACGUGUCGCUGGAGCAGGCCUCUCCUUCCUCAACCCCGUCGGCACCGACGAGAAGUCGCUGUCGGACCAGCUGGUGGGGGGCUUUGCAUACAACGCGCCAGAGUACGCCAUGUCAGGCAUCUACACCGCCAAGAGCGACGUCUACAGCUUCGGUGUCGUACUGCUCGAGCUCCUCACAGGCCGAAAGCCCGUCGACUCGUCGAAGCCCAAGGCGGAGUCAUCGCUGGUGCGGUGGGCGGCGCCGCUGCUGCACGAUGUGACAGAGCUGGAGGCGAUGCUGGACCAGCACAUCUCAGGCCCGCUGCCCGACGUCUCCAAGCUCACCAAGUUUGCAGAAGUCAUCACCCGCUGCAUCCAGCCUGAGCCGGAUCGUCAGAUUAUAUUCGGAAAGCGAGUUCUCCCUCGGCCGGCGGCCACUACGCCGGUCGACCAGUUUAGUGAAGAGCGGGCUAUGGCCCACGUCACGAAGCUGGCGGGUGAUAUCGGCGACCGACAGGAGGGCACGGAAGGGUUGGCGGAAGGUGCGAGGUACAUCCUUGGCGAGGUAGAGCGACUGCGUUCCAUAGCCAGUCCCCGCCUCCGAGUGGAGGUGGAGGAGAGCAGUGUGAGCGGGUCAUUCAGCAUGGUGUUUCUGCAACGCAGCCUCUCCCUCGCCUACCAGAACCUCACCAACGUUGUCGUCAGAAUUUCCAACGCUGCCACGGACCCUGAUGAGGUCCCCUCGGUGCUCAUGAACGCCCACUUUGACUCUGCGCUCGGUUCCCCAGGAGCGGGUGACUGCGCAACAUGUGUCGCGGCCAUGCUGGAGGUGCUGCGGCUGUAUGUGGAGGGGGACCGCAUGCCCACCGUGCCCCUCAUCUUCCUGUUUAACGGUGGAGAGGAGGUCUUCAUGAAGGCGUCGCAUGGGUUCAUCACAAGGCACCACUGGAGUGAGACGGUGGGCGCCAUGGUCAACUUUGAAGCCGCAGGGACUGCCUUGCCAGAGAUGGUGGUGCAGAGCGGGCCAGUGUUCUGGCCACAGCGAGUGUACGGCGAGACCGCCGUCUACCCCUCCUCCAGCGUCGUCUGCCUCGACAUCUUCCCGCACAUACCAGGGGACGACGACUACCGCAUGUUCUCGCAUGACUUUGACGACGUGCCCAGUCUCGACAGCAUCUACCUCCUCGGCGGCACCUUCUACCACACUUCCCGCGACUCCCCCGAGAAUGUCAUGCUGGGAGCGCUGCAGCUGCGGGGGGAGAAUCUGCUGCCGCUGCUGGAGGGGUUAUCCAGGGCGCCAGAGCUCAAGACACGGGCGCAGAGGCGCAUGGAUGCGUGGUCUGAACCCCACACUUCCGGCAGCGCUGUUGUGGGCGGGGGUGGUGCUGGCAACAGCACGGGGGCCAGCAUGCCCAAGGACAUCCCCAUCUUCUUCGACCUCUUCAACAUGCGCAUGGUGAUGUACCCGCGGGCAGUGGCAGCAGCACUGAACGUCAUCUUCCUUGCAGCACUCUACUUGGUGCCCUCCCACGCCACCGAGGCCCACCUUCGUGGCCUACAGCGCCAGCUGGCUGCUGUCUCUCAUCGUGCCCAUGCUCGUGGCUGCUCUGCGUGUCACUGUGUCUUGCCGCCCCAUGUCCUGGUGCGCGCACGGAUGGAUGAAACCGUUUUUGAGCUUGAGGCAAGGCAACUCAAAAGCCGCCCCAUGUCCUGGUACGCACAACCCGUGUACGCGCAGUUUAUGCUUAUCCCGGCAGCUGUGCUCGGGCUGCUGCUGCCGCACUACAUCCGAGCAGGGGGGACUCUCAGCAACCCCGCUUCACUCAACCCCCAGCAAGAGGUGGCGUUUGUGUGGUCGUCUCACUGGGCAUGCCUCUCCUUCAACGUCGGCCUCUCUGCUCUGGUUAUGCACGGGUUUGGCGGCAGUGGAACUUUCAUCAACUGGUGGUGGGCGUUCUUCAUGCUUCCCGCUCUCUUCCUCUACACCUCGCUUCAAGCCACCCUCGGCAAAUCAAACCCCCUAGCCCUGUUGGGCUAUCUGCUGCCAGGGGCCUUCCCAGCCGCAUUUUCGACCACCUUUGCAGUCUUCUUCCUGCAGUUUAUGUCCGAGAAAAUGGGCGCCACAGGCACUCCGCCCCUGCCCUUCGGCGGCAAGGCAGUGAGUGCAGAGACCACAGUGGCCACUGGCGACUCCAACGACGCCACCUUCCUCCUGCACCACGUGCCCCGCCUCGCCGGCUCCCUUGGCGUGCCCCCACCCUCGCAUCAUCACUCCAACCGUACCGCACUUGUCAUUGCAAGGCCAUCCAACUUGCUGGCUCUCUACCCAGUCUCCAGCCUCCUAGACCGCCCCUUGACCUUCCCCGCGCCUCUCUCCCCUCGCUUCGAAGACCCGGACUUCCAGCUGCCUUCUCUCCACCUGCUGCGCCAGCACACCUCCCAGCUGCCUUCUCUCCGCCAGCAACUGGGUGUGGACGGGGAGUGGCGAGGCGGGAGAAGCCUGGAGGAGAUGGAUGAGAGGGAGAUAGAGAACUAUGGGAUGGAACUUGACGGGGAGGGGGAGGGAGAAGGAGCGGUACAGAGGAAGGGGGGGAAGCGGCGGAGAAUUCACCUGGAGCUUUCAGCAGGAUCACUGUCGCACGUGUGGUCUGCUGUGCUCAACAUCACUGGCCCUGUCACUGCCUGGUCCCUCACACCCACCCUCCCAGCACGGGAGAAGGUGGCAGGAGGGCCACCAUCUCUCAUGGUUCAUUACUCAGGUGCAUUCCCAUGGCAGCUGUGGAUUGAGGUGAAAGGGCGGCGCAGGAUACAUGUUGAUCUGGCCGUGCUGGACCAUGAAAUGGAUGCUGACGUGGCACAGAUGAAGAGCCUCUUGCCAGACUGGACUGGUCCAAUAGUGUCCUCCUCUUAUGUUGCCCAUUACACAUUCUAG